AUGCCUAAAGAGAAUAGAGGCUUCUUGAUUUCUAAGGCGCUGUCGACGCUUCUGCGGCAUCAGGCGGGGAAUGCUGGGAUCAAGCUCGAUGCUGAAGGAUUUGCGCGGCUGGAUCAAGUUCUCAAAUGGCCGCGUCUCGCCAACCUCGCGCCAAGCAUCACCGAGAUACAAAACGAAGUAGCCGGGAACGCCAAGCAGCGCUUCAGCAUGAAGCCCAACCCGGACCCGAAAGCGCAGGCCCUCGGCCAAGACGACCCAGCGCACUGGCUCAUCCGCGCCAACCAGGGCCACAGCAUCGCCCUCGCGUCAGAGGGUCUGCACACGCCCAUCACCUUCGACAAUGUGCCCCCCGUCGUCGUCCACGGGACGUACUUCGCGUUCUGGCCGUCCAUCGUCAAAGCCGGCGGGCUGAAGAGAAUGGGCCGCACGCACGUGCACUUCGGCACAGGCGUCCCCGGCGACGACACUACCGAGGCGACCAGCAGUAGUAAUACACAGGUCCACGACGUCAGCGACGAAAUUGCUGACGGCGGCAAACAACCCAAGGUUAUCAGCGGCAUGCGCGCCGAUGCGGAAUUGCUUAUUUUCGUGGACGUCGAGAGGGCGUUACGCGAUGCUAAUGUUCUUAUCCCUUCUCCUUCCACAGAACAUAAGGAUGAGGCAAAAACUACAGGUAUACGGUGGUGGAUGAGCGAGAACAACGUCGUUCUCACCGAGGGAGACGACGAAGGCGUCGUCCCGCUCAAGUACUUCAAGGAGGUGAGGGGGAGACGGCAAGGCGUCGGCGUCUUGUGGAGGGACGGCGAGAAAGUCGCUGAUUUACCCGAGGGUAUUGUCGCUCGGGUCCCCCAGGGGAAAGGGAGACCGAGAGGUGGGGGGAGAAGCGGACGGGGUGGAAAGGGGAGGGGAGGUGAAAGAGGGAGGGGGAGAGGUAGGUGA